UUUUUUUUAUUUUUUUUUUAGUUUGACUAUGAAAUCAAUUGGUUUGACUACGAAAUCAUGUUGCUAUAUAAAAAGUUUUGUAGAAAAUUAUCAUUUUGGUUGUUAUUUGUUUAGGAACUUUCUCUAAAAUUUGCUCUAAAAAAUGAUUGAAUAUUUGGUUUGGCUUGUAACCGGUGGGAGAUGGCAAGUUAAUGGAACUAAUCUGGAAUACGUAUGUCCACAGAGAGGUAUUUCUGAAUUUGCUUUGAUAUUUUCUGAGUAUAUUAGUUAUAGUGAUUUUGUAUCUUUGGUAAGAAGCAAAAUUGGUUUGUUAGACAAAUAUAGAAUUAGUCUUUGUUUCCACCAUCCUGAAUUAAAUUAUUAUAUAGCUAUAGUUGAAGACAUGGAUGUUAGAAUGUUGAUAAACGUAAUCAAAUGUAGUGGAGGAAGGGCUGUGAAAGUGUUUGUGGUGGUUGAUGAAGUUGAGGAGGUUAAUGGGGGUGGUGAAAUUGGAAACCAGCUUGUUGGUAAUUUAUGCAGUUAUAAAGGGAGCAACGAUCCGAUAGAUAUAACCGAGCUACAAAGCAAUUCCGAUAGAGAUGAGUUGGGUGAUGAAGUUAAAGCUAAGUUUCCCGAUAACCUUUUUCACGGUAUGCCCCUUGAAGAAGUGACAUGGUUCAAUCGAGCAUGUAAUUAUGCGAAAAGUAACAAUGUUCGUUAUCUGGAUGAAGAAGAGUUCUUGGAAGUUGUUACAGAUUUUUACAUCUGUGAGCAUGACGGCAGAGACUUCGAAUAUGAGGAAGUUUGGAAGGUUGUUAAAAAUAAACAGUAUUUCAUGUAG